GUUCGUCUUUAGCUGGUGCCGCACACACAUACAAACCCUCUGGCAGAUAUGGUCAGACUGCUUGUCCACUGGAUUUUUUUAUUUUGUUGUGUCUUUGUCCAAGCUGAAAAUGUCACAGAUUUUGAAAAAUGCAAACAUUUGUUUUACAACAAGCAAGAAGUGAAAGGUUUUGAUGGCACGUAUAAAAAAGUAUGUCACAUCCAAAAUGAUACUCAUGUUUUUGCCACACUUUACAACGAGGACAACACAAGUCCUCUUUACAGCGCAUUCAUUUUGAAUUCAGACGGAUGUGAAAGCAGCAUCAACUUGGCCUCAGAAUGGGUGGAUUCAGAGUGUCCACCAGACCAAAAGAUCAAUAAAAGCAACUAUGAUGCAGCAAAAGAAGUAAAUAGUUUUUAUACGUCAAGUAACGUCUACUGCAGCAACAGGAUUCUGAACAGUCAUGAAUGUGGCCAGGUGCCCAUGGAUCACAUCGGUGGGUCUGACAUUGUUGUUCUGGAAGCCACCUUCUACGAAUUUCAGUGGAAAAUGUUUGAGGAAGCAGUGAGAGUCAUUUUAGGUACAUCAUUAACAAAUGGAACAGUUUAUGUAAUUACAGGUUUGGUACCUUCGGACCAGCUACCCACAGUAAAAAGCCUUUGCCCAUUCUACUCUGCAACAGACAAGGUGACCACAACCACCGUCCCUUGCUUUAUCUGGAGAGCAUUGUGUUUCGAGGCAGCAGACCCCCAAGACUCGUUCUCCUUAGCCUUUAUGGGAAAUAACAAGCGUGGUGCUGUUAUGAAACCCGUCACAGUGAAACACCUAGAGCAUAUCCUUAAACAACAAUACAACCAAACAGAUUUUCAAAUCUUUGAUGGCUGUUCCCAUGAAAAAGAUAAUGAAAUGUUCAUUCGUUUGAGUACACAAGUCUUUGUGCCAGAACUUUUCAAACAAGUUGCCAAGGAAAAUUUCAGCCCAAAUGCAAGAAGGACAUUGGAGACAAUUUUAUUUAAAGGUUUGCAAAACACUUUUAACUUUCACAUGGAACAUAUUUUGGUUGAGGACAUUAGUGUUAAAAUGGAAUACAAGAGUUGGAAUGACUGGUUUCAAAGCAAUGAGAAACUGAAGGCAAAUAAUAAACAGACCUGCUUAUUACAAAGCAAUGGCACACUAACGUUUGAGGGAAAGCAGCAAGUGGAAGAGUCCAAUCUCAUCUGCAGCCUGAGCUCAGAGAAGUCAACGCCGUGGGCGACAGUUACUGCUGAUGGCACCCCAUGCAUAGCGGGAGAUUAUUGUGACGUAAAAGAUGGGAGAAGAGAGUGCAGGACUAAAAGUGGAAUCAAGCCUUGCUGCUCAAGUCCAUGUCUCUACAACUCUAAUCAAAUGGCAUUUUUCUGCAAGUCUUUGGAGCAAACAAUUUUCUGUUCACCUCAAUAUUCCACUGUAACCAUUUCUAACAAACCGUGUGUCACUAAUCAGGAAUGUGCCACCUAUGGAAAAAGCUACUACUGGUGUUUCACACAAGAUGGGUCAUGGGAUUACUGCAUUCCCCCAACAGUCACAGGCAUUACAAUAAAAGGCGUGGAAUGCCUCAGUGGGACUGUGUGUGGCACCUAUGGAAAAAAAUACACUUGGUGUUUCAUUGAUACGAAGAGCAACUGGGAUUACUGUUGCUUAUCAAAUCUUCCAAAUGUGGCCAUCAAUGGCAAGAUGUGUCGUUCUGAUCAUAAGUGUGGCACCUAUGGCAAAGAUUACAACUGGUGUUACACUGGUCUGGACAACAGCUGGGACUACUGUUGCAUCCCACAAAUUUAGUUAAUUUAGUGUUCUAAAACCUUAUCCUAAAGAAUUGAAGUAAGUGUAAGAAGAAGAUACAUGCAAAAUAUAAUUUAGUAUGUAUGGCUAAUAGAGCUACUAAUCAGGAUUUCUUUACCAGUGUAUGCAUACAUCUAAUAAAUUAGCUGCAAUAAUUUUAGUAGGCAUGCUUUACACAUAGCAUACGGUAUAUAUUUUCAAUACAAAAUGUUUCACACUUAAUAUAAUAGAUAAUGGAUGUGGCAGAAGGCAAGUCCACGGACUUUAGAUAUGGUGGACACUAGCUUUGGUCAGAAAUUCAAAAACAUUUUGUUUUAACACAUGGGGCCAAUUUUAUCUUCAUUACAUAGCAUUUGGUAGCAUACCUUUUUUUGCCUGCCAUUAUUGCAAAGGCCUUCAGGUUUUUAGUUCCAGCUCAGGUUCAGAUGGACAUUUUGACCUUGGAGUCUCAGGCUACUUUCUGGGGUUUUGGAGAUCUUCACACUAUUGGCAGAGAAGAAAAGAAAUGGCUGAGGGUGACAUGUAUUCCACAAUGCACGCUCCUUGGCUUCCUUGCCAUAAAUGUAGCUAGGGGAACCAUGGAAAUAGAUAAGCAUCAUAUUGUCUCAUAAAUAUGUGAUUAUAAAAGGCUUUUUAAUUUAAUUAAACAGCAUAUAUCUAAUAUACAGUAGAUUCAGAAAGUCUUUAGGCUUUUCACAGUUUUCAUUUUUUUUAUGUUGCAGCCUUGUGCUAAAAUCAUUUAAAUUCAUUUUUCUCUCAUUAAACAACACUCAACAUCCCAGAAUGAUAAAGCAAAAACAGGGUAUUGGGAAUUUUUGUAGAUUUAUUAAAAAUAAAAAACUGAAAUAAUCCAUUGGCACAACUUUUCAGACCUUUUACUUAGUUGAAUCCCGAAAUGUGAAGUCCUGAAAACCAUGAAGACUGAUUUAGAUCCUUUAUGCUUGGUAGAAUUCCCAGUGCGGGCAGGGUGGUCUCAUGGCCUUGGAACUCCUGCAGAUUUUUUUUCCUCCAGUCCAUCUGGAGUUUUUUUUCUUCAUAUUGUAAAGAACUUUGAGCUACACCAUUUGUAUGAAAAUGUGCUAUAGAAAUAAAUGUUGUUGUUGUUGAAGCUGCUUGGGUAGCAAUUCCAGCCUGCUGUCGUCUUGUGUUUGACAUGACAAGUUUCACACACCUGGAUUUGGGGAUGUUCUGCCCUUUAUUUCUGCAAAUUCCUCUGAAGCUCUGUCAGGAUGGAUGGAGACUGUUGGUGGACAACUGCUUCCAGGUCUCUCCAGAGAUGUUUGUCUCUAAGCCACAACUGUGUUGUUUUAAAUAUGUCCUGUUGGAAGGUGACCUUUUGGCCCAGUCUGGCAUUCAGUGUACUCUGAAUAGGUUUUCAUAAAGGAUAUCUCUGCACUUUGCUCCAUUCGGCUUUUGCUCAACCCUGUCUAGUCUUCCAGUCCCUGAUGCUGCCAUUACCAUGCUUAGCCGUUGGAAUGUUAUUGGGCAAGAUAAGCAGGGCCCGGUUUCCUCCACACAUAACACUUAGAAUUGUGGACAAACAGUUCAAUGUUCAAGUCAUCAGAAUAGAGAAUGUUUAUUCUCAUAGUCAGAAAACCCUUUAAGUGCCAUUUUCCAAACUCCAAGUGGGCUUUCAUGUGUCGAUUGACCACUCUGCCAUAAAGCCCAGAUUAGUGGAGUAUUGCAGUGGUGGUUGUCCUUCGGGAGGUUUCUCCUACCUUUGCUCAGGUUCUCUGGACUUCAGACAGUGUGACUACUGAGUUCUAAUUCACUUCUCUUUUUAUUGCUCUUCUCCCACAAUUUCUCAGUUUGGCUGGGCAUCCAACUUUAGAAAGAGUUGUGGUUGUUCUAUUGGAAGUCACCGUGCUGUUCAUUCAGUCAAUCAGCUUUAUUUAAAGUGCAUAAUCACCAUGCAGCUUGGUGCCAAUACACUGUACAAAUGACAAGAAUGCACAGGACAAGAUAUAAAGUAAGGAAAUAAAAUUAGAAAUUAAAAUAAAACAACAUCAACAUUGAAAGAAUAAUAAAUUUUACAAUUUAAAUAAAACUACAUUAAAAUACUAAAUUAAGGUAUGUCGAGAAGUAAUAAAAGAAAUAAUAAUUUCUUGGGAGCUUUCAAUGCUGCAGUUAAGUUCUUUUGCAGCUUGCCCUGUCUGUAAGCUCUGCAGAAAUAUCUUCAAUCUCAAGGCUUGGUUUUUGUUCAAUGGUUGACCUUCUAUAGACAGGCAUGUGCCAUUCCUAAUCAGUUCAAACAACUUAAUUGACAUUAUAUGGACACCAAACAACGUGUAGAAACAUCUCAAUGAUGAUCAGUAGAAUGGGAUGCACUUGAGUCAAAUUUGAAGUGUCAUUGCAAAGGGUCUGAAUAUUUGUGUCAGUGUGAGAUUUCAGUUAUUUUUUUUUUUUGAUUAACUUUUUAAUAACUAAAGAUGAAUUGACAAGAUAUAUGAAUAAAUGGACAAAGCAUACAAAGUAACCUAACUCACCCUCUCCCACCCGGCCUGGGCAAAUUGGCAAAUUUUUCUAAAUUCCUUUUUUCGCUUUGUCAUUCUCGAUUUUUAAGUGUUGAUUGAGGGAAAAAAAUGAAUUGACAUGAUUUUAGCACAAGGCUGUCAUAAAACAAAAUUUUACAAAUGAAGCCGUCUGAAUGCUUUCUGAAGAAAUAGUGCAUAGUUGUAUAGUUAUAUCUGUGUGUGAUUUAGUAGAAAUUUAAGUAAUGCAAUAUUGAAAUGCUUUCUGUAUUAACUAAAUAAUAUAUAUUAAACAUGAUGACAUAUGUAUUUUAAAGGUUUCAUUAUCCUGCACAGCUAAGUGGUGCUUCACUAUAUUAUAAUAAGCUGUGGAUUUCAAAAUAAACAUUGUUUUAAGCAUGAUAA